AGCUGACAUGAACGUGCCGCCACCCGCAGGACACGCACCGGGUUUCAUUGGCUCGUCGUUGUUGUUGUGUUUUUAUCAGACCUGCAGCCUGCGCGGUGUUCCCCCGAACCGUGUCGUCACCACACCACGCAGACACGACCGGUGCGCGUGACGUGAAGAUGCCAUGAUCACGUUCCUCCCCCUCCUCGUCAUCUGUCAGACACACUUGGCACAUGCAACGGCCAUGCGGUAAAGAGCGCGCCCCUCCGCUUUAAUGAACGGGUUCUCCCCGAGCCCCUUGGCCGCCCGGAGUGUUUGCGCUCCACCAUGCGGGCGGCGGGCCCCGGACGGCUGAUACCGAGGCGUCUGUGAACAGGAGCAGCAGCAUCAGCACCAGCACAGACGGGGCGAAGGAGAGGAUGGAGAGGACGACGCGAAGUGAGCAGCAGCACAGGGCGAGCGUCAUCCAGCAGCAGUUGACGUCCUCAACACCGUCCGGGGUGCUCGAUAAAUUGUUCGGUAAGCGCCUUCUCCAGGCCAGGCACUACAUUAUGUCUCGGAAGUCCUGGCUGAAGAUGGUGCCCACCGAGAACUGUGAUAUCAUGAUGACAUUCCCAGAUACCAUAGACGACCAGACUCUGCUGUGGCUCCUGAAUCAGAUUCGUGUUGGGAUCCCUCAAGUCAGCAUUCAGAUCCGACAGCAUAAACACACCAAGGCACAUGCCUUUUUCAUCACGACAACAUUUGAGAACUUACUGCGAGGAGCAGAGCAGAUGGGCAUCCACAAGGCUGUCAAGCCUCAAUACGGCGGCGGGAUGCGGCGCUUUUCCUGCGAGGAGGACAACAUCUAUGAGAACAUUGAGAGCGAGCUGUGCUUCUUUACCUCACAGGAGCGUCAGAGCAUCAUCAAGUACUGGCUGGACAACCUGCGAGCCAAGCAGGGGGAGGUGCUUCACAACAUUCACUUCCUGGAGGGCCAGCCAAUCAUUCCAGAGCUGGUAACUCGGGGGGUCAUCCAUCAAAUGUUCCCUCUUCACGAACAGAGGAUCCUCAACCAGCUGAUGACAUCUUGGGUCCAGGCUGUAUGUGAGAGGCAGCCGCUGGAUGAUAUCUGCGACUACUUUGGAGUGAAGAUCGGCAUGUAUUUUGCCUGGCUGGGUUUCUACACCAACUCCAUGCUCUACCCGGCUGUCAUCGGCUUUCUGCUCUGGAUACUAGCAGAGGCAGACCAGACCAGUCAGGAUAUCUGCUGUGUGGUGUUUGCCCUCUUCAACGUUGUGUGGGCGACGCUGUUUCUGGAGCGCUGGAAGAGGCGGGAGGCAGAGCUGGCCUACAGGUGGGGCACUCUGGACACCCCCGCCGAGUCCUUGGAGGAGCCCAGGCCACAGUUCCGGGGUGUGAAGCGCUGCAGUCCCGUUACAGGCUGUGAGGAGUUCUACUACCCUCCCUGGAAGAGAGCCCUGUUCAGGUGGCUGGUCAGCCUGCCCAUCUGCCUCCUCUGUCUCUGUUUCGUCUUCCUCGCCAUGCUCCUCUGCCUGGAACUGCAGGAAAUGGUGAUGGAGAUUCCGGAGCUGCCUGGAAUUACAAGAUUCAUUCCUAAGAUACUUCUGGCCAUUACGGUAACCAUAUGUGAUGAGGUGUAUAAGAAGAUUGCCUACUGGCUCAAUGACAUGGAGAACUAUAGACUUCAGAGUGCCUAUGAGAAUAAUCUCAUCAUCAAGAUGGUUUUUUUUGAAUUCAUCAAUUCUUACCUUAGCCUUUUCUACAUCGGAUUCUACCUCAAGGACAUGGAGCGGUUGAAGGAGAUGCUAGCCACUCUGCUGAUCUUUCGCCAGUUCCUGCAGAACAUCAAGGAGGUCCUCCAGCCUUAUCUCUAUGAGCAGAACAAGCUGGGUGUCUUCACCCCAAAGGUCCUUUGGGAGCUUCUCCAAGCCAUCGUACUCAAAUAUGGUCGCCUGGCUCUGGGGAAGGCCCAAGCCUCGAUGACAGCCUAUUCCUUCCUGGGUCCCCGAGGGAUCCCUGUCGGUCACAGUGCCAACAGCAACCCACAGGCAAAGAGAAGGGGGGAUCUGAAGGCCGGAUUCAGACUCUCAGAAGAAGAGUGGGACAUGAGCGACAGCGCUCUGAAACAACGUAAAGUCAGUUUCACUGAGAAGGUUGACUACCAGGACGUUACAAUGGAAGCACAGGCGGGGGAUGACUGCUUCCUCCAGGACAGUCCGACAAUGGUAGAGGAGGGGAUGGAUCCGAGUAUUUUUGACAGUUGUGACGAGGACAGCGAUUGUGAAUUGCUGUCUUAUGAGGCCUCUCCAAUGGAAUCCGUCUCUCUUUGUCAGAGAAGAAAGAACGUAGGCGAGGGGAAAGAGAACAAGAAGUCUUGGAUUGAUCCUCCAGAAGAAUCCAAAACUGUCACACUGACCCAGGCUGAGAUCGAGAGCUGUAUGCAGACAUACGAGGACACGCUGCAGGACUACCAGGAGAUGUUCAUUCAGUUUGGCUAUGUGGUGCUCUUCUCCUCUGCGUUUCCCUUGGCAGCCAUGUGCGCGCUAAUCAACAACAUCAUCGAGAUCCGCAGCGAUGCCCUGAAGCUCUGCACUGGCCUUCAGAGGCCCUUCGGCCGCAGAGUGGAGAACAUCGGACAGUGGCAGACUGCAAUGGAGGCUAUGGGCUUGAUAGCUAUCAUAGUUAACUGUUACCUGAUUGGUCAGUGUGGGCAGCUCCAGCGUCUGUUCCCCUGGUUGAGUCCUGAGAUGACCAUCAUCUCCAUAGUCCUGCUGGAGCACUUUGCAAUCCUCCUAAAGUACGUCAUCCAUGUUGCCAUCCCUGAUAUCCCUGGCUGGGUAGCAGAAGAGAUGGCCAAGCUAGAGUACAGACGAAGGGAAGCUUUCAAGAAGCAUGAGCAGCAGGCCCAGCAACACUUCCAACAGCAGCUCAGACGCCGGCGCGAAGAGGAGGAGCUUCAGCGUCAGGCCGAGCUGCAGGCCGAGGCCCGCCAGGAGAGCGAGUACCACAAGGCAGACAGCCAGCACCAGCAUCACCACGACAAGGCUUCGGGGGGCAAGCCGGGGGACAAGCCUAAGAGACCCAGCUCUCUGCUGGGAAACAACAAUGUCAUGAAGCUGAAACAGAUCAUCCCUCUCCAGGGGAAGUUCUCCUCCGGCACCUCACGCUCACCGGCCCAGUCCCCGACGGGAGGUGAGGCCAAGCUCCCGGGAUUUCUGAAGUUCCUGAAGUCGCCCGAGGCGAAAAAGGAGACAGCAGUGGCAGCUGGAGCAGUGGCGGGGUCAACGGUGACCUCUGCAGUUCUCCCUAGUGGCCAGGAGAGGUCACAGUCCCCCAACAGGACAUUCAGUCCUGGAAAGCUGUUCAGCUUCAGCAAGUCGGAGGGCACCGUUGUUUGUGCCAAUGGGACACAGGCACAGACCCAGGCUGCAGCCACUCAGCCCAACAGGUUUGACUUGAACACAGCCCAAGUGGAAUUACACUCUAGUGAGUCAGACAAAGGUGAGACAAGACAAUUGACUGAUUUAGAAAACCCUGGCUCAAGAAGUUAAUACAUUUUUGGCCAUGCCAAUGUAAUACUAUGAAAUGGAGAGCAAUGUACAAAUGUUCAGGCAACAUUCACUGUACUGCAGGAGAACAGGUGAGUCACACGGACCACAUGUAAAGUCAGCGAGCGGUAGAUUUUCACUCUUGAUGCAUCUUACUUCGCACAAAGUAUUACACCAACACUUGAUUAUCUAGCUUCUACGUAAAAAUAUGUACAGUAAGUGUUUGAAUGAUAAACCUUCACUUGGGGUUUAAAUCCUGCAUGAUUGCCUGGUUUCCAACUGCACCAGAACAGAUUAUGUUGGUGUGAAACUUUUUCUUUUUUUAAACAAAAACAAAACAAAGAAAUGAACCGUAUCAUCAUCGAGCCAGCUUCCCAUUCCAGGUCCGUUUCUCUUUUUGAUGCCUAUAUUGAAUGCAUGCAGCGUCAUGUGCAUGCGUUGUGUGUCCACCACAUCCUUUUCAGUUAAACACUUCCAAUGCCAGUGUAUUCUUCUGCAAUAGGUCCGAUUAUAUUCACUGUGACCAUGAAAAAUAUUCUAUUUUUCUUAAAUUUGAUUUUCUAUGAAUUAUUUUACUACAUAACUUAGUGAAUGUAAUUCUAUGAUGCAAAUAAAUCUCACUUGAACAAACAUCAGUCAAAAGAUGGUGCAUUAGCUGAUUUUGUUUACAGUGAAUAGAUGUCACUGGAUUGUAGACAAUGCUGCUUGGUUGAUUUUUUUCCAGAAAUAUGAUGAAAUGUAUGUAAAGUCAGUUCCUCUAGGAAUUUGUAACCCUUGAGAACAAAACCCCUCUCAUAUAAACCCACUCUAUAUGAAGAUAAUGUCCAAUUACUUUUCUUUCUAUUUAAACCAAUGAACCAACAACAAUGAGUGUUAAUGGGAAGGAGGGUUUUUUGUUGUUUCCUCCCCAAAAAAUGUUGGUUUACUCUGAGUUACAGACCACCUGUAUUUUAUAAUGUACAUAUACAAGAACAAGAUCUGAAAUUGACAAUACAUUUAUACAAUAAACUCAAAGCAAAGCAUUUGAACAAAUUUUUAAACACAUUCCAAACUAAAUCCAAUGAUGUUUCACAAAAGAAUGAACACCCUAUGAAAUGUCUCUAGUUUUAAUCUUACUUGUGAAACUUUGUGUGCAUUCUCCUUGGACUGACUCAAAUAAGCAGCAAACCUGAACAGAUACUCUGUAAACAACAAUCUUUAACAUGUUAAAAUUUACAUGAAUAAACUGUGAGCUAUGCCAAACAUUGAAAA